UGUGGAAAAAAACGUUCAUUUUAUACAAGUUGUGAUUAAUGAUCUUUACCUAUUCAGGCUAUAGAGCAGUAUCAACCACGUGGAGGGUCCAGGGCUAGCUACCAGAGCUAGAGCAGAAUGGUUAAAUCAAAGCGAGUUAAGCCUGUCCAGAAGCUUCGCCAAGAUGUGAGGGGUAGCCAUGCAGGAGGUACCAGUCUGUCCGACCUCCCCAGGCUCUGGAUCAUUGUACCCCCUCUGGUUAUGUCACUACUCGCUAUAGCCUUCUACUUUGCUGAGAGUGUGAUCUUGGGCCCCAGUCUCAAUCAGCCUCUAAAUGCCCCAAAGGCAGUCAACCCCGACUGGAGGAACGACUCUGUAUACAAUGAGAGGCUUUGGGGAACGUACAGAUCCAACGUGUACCUUGGAGUGAGACCAAGAAUACCAAAGUCCCUGGUGGCCGGCGUCCUGUGGAUGACAUACGACGGAAAGUUCAACCUUCGUCACACCUGUGAGCAUGGCGACGGUCUCCAACGCUAUGGCUGGAUACGUCACGAUGGAACCAACUUUGGACAGCAGGAAAUACUUGACAAAGGGCUAACUUUACGUACCGAGUUCAUGUCACGGUACAGCGCUGACGUUGGUGAGACUUGGACGCUCAGGGUCAGAGGUCAAUCUCGAGUGGAGCGCUCACAAUUAGUCACGCUCAUCAUGUACGUGUACAAUGAGGGGGCGGGGGAAAUGGCAUGCUCCACCUCUAAGAGUAACGCCAUUGAGGAACUAUUCGGACACACACCAGAGUUCAGUGGCUAUAGAGUCUAUUUCCCAAGAAAGGCUUUGUCACAAGAUGCAGUACACAACUACAUGGUGUCAAGGCUACCCACGAUCACUAAUCUAGCCGGUCAUCUGCAGUCUGUUAUGAAGAUUGGCAGUCCUCAUAAGAACUGGCCGCAGAUAGCACAGCUGCCGGGGGAGGUGUGGUCACCUAGCGACCACCAGCAUAAGGCCAACUUCAUUGCAUAUCAGGUGACUACCCUCCUCCCCUUUGAGAUGGACAUGGUGUUUGAGACUGGUGCACUGAGUGCGGCCAUCAGCAUCAGUGGUGAGAAAUUCACCUCUGAGCUGGCUAGUCGUGUCAACCAGUUUGACACUCGCUUUGAGAACACAUUCCAACUCAAAGAGAAGGGUUUUUCAGACCAGGAGAUAGAGUUUGCUCGAGCAGCGUUUAGUAACCUGGUUGGUGGAAUAUCGUACUUCUACGGCCAGUCAAAGGUGAUAUCUAAAGACGUCUCAAAGCCUGUGGACUACUGGCCGACGCCCCUCUACACGGCCGUCCCCUCACGUUCAUUCUUCCCUCGAGGGUUCCUUUGGGACGAGGGAUUCCAUCAGCUGCUCGUGGCUCAUUGGGACGUCUCCAUCGUUAAGGAUGUGCUGGCUCAUUGGAUGGAUCUCAUCAAUACCGAGGGCUGGAUACCACGGGAACAGAUACUGGGUGACGAAGCUCGCAGCAAAGUGCCAGCUGAGUUUGUUGUUCAGCACAACGAGAAUGCUAACCCUCCGACCUUCUUCCUGACUCUGGAGACACUCGUGGAGGAGAUGACCAGUCAGAGGAAAGUGGACCUGGUAUUUCUUAGACGCCUCUACCCAAGGUUACAAGUUUGGUUUGAGUGGUUUAACGGCACACAAGCAGGGGAAAUCCCCAGCACAUACCGAUGGCGGGGCAGGAAUGAAACAACGGACAAAGAACUAAACCCGAAGACGCUGACGUCAGGGUUGGACGAUUUCCCCCGAGCCACGCACCCUAGUAAUCAGGAGUAUCAUGUUGACCUUCGAUGCUGGAUGGGCCUAGCCUCAGGGGUCCUAGCCAAGAUUGCGGACCUACUGGGAGAGAACUCUGCGGCCUAUCACUCGACCCACUCCACCCUCACUGAUCAGACUCAACUGGACAGGCUACACUGGGACAAUAAGAGGAAGGUGUACAGUGACUAUGGACUGCACUCGACAUCAGUGAAACUGGUCACUGUCAACCCUCCGCAACCGGGCAUGCCCAAAUUCAAGCGUCGGAAAGUCAACAAAGAGCCUAGUUUAAGGUUCGUAAACAGCUUUGGGUAUGUGAACUUGUUCCCGUUCCUGCUGAAGAUGGUCUCUCCACACUCUGACAAACUCGGCUACCUCCUGGAGAGGCUCAAGAAUGACAGCUUUCUGUGGACUAACAAUGGACUGCGGUCGCUGUCCAGGGCUGACUCCUUCUACAAUAAGCACAACACUGAACACGACCCGCCCUACUGGCGAGGUGCUAUCUGGAUCAACAUCAACUAUCUGGCCGUGAGAGCGCUGCAUCACUAUGGCAACGAGGAAGGACCGCAUCGAAACAAGGCCAGGAAGCUGUAUCAGGACUUGAGGGCUAACCUGAUUCGGAACAUGUACAAUGAGUACACAAGGACUGGCUAUGUUUGGGAACAGUAUGAUGAUGUCACCGGGAAAGGAAAGGGCACUCAUCCGUUUACUGGUUGGUCCUCACUCAUCGUGCUCAUCAUGGCAGAGAAGUACUGAAUUAUUAUAUUGCUAGCAAUCAUUUCCUCGUGCAGUGCAGUCAGUGUCAACUGUAAUAAUAAUUGUUAUAAUUAUAGAAGUCCUCUUACUUUUUAAUAAUUAUGAUAAUUAUAUUAUCUGAUUUUUCAACCGAUGUGUGUCUCAGCA